UUUUGUGCCCGCCCCCUUGGCUUCCUGUCGGGAAUACUCUGGCAAUUCAGUAGCAAUGGCGGCGGCGAUGGCGGUUUCUCACAGACUCCGCGACCUGCUAAUGUGGCGACUGACAGCCCCCACCCACCUGGGUCUCAACCUUAGUCUUCGCCCCAUGAGCGCUUCUGCACAAAAUGAGGUCUCCAGAGCAGCCCCCAGUGAAGCCCCAGACCACAAGUAUGAGUCCCUUCGGGUGACAGCAGCCCAGAAACACGUUCUGCAUGUACAGCUAAACCGGCCAGAGAAGAGGAAUGCCAUGAACAAGGCUUUCUGGAGAGAGAUGGUGGAGUGCUUCAACAAGAUAGCGGAAGAUCCUGACUGUCGGGCUGUGGUGAUCUCUGGUGCAGGAAAAACGUUCACUGCAGGUAUUGACCUCAUGGACAUGGCUUCAGACCUCCUUCAACCCCAAGGAGAUGAUGCAUCCCGCAUCAGCUGGUACCUCCGUGGCCUCAUCGCCAAAUACCAAGAGACAUUCAGCGUCAUUGAGAAGUGCCCUAAGCCUGUAAUCGCCGCCAUCCACGGGGGCUGCAUUGGUGGAGGUGUGGACCUCAUCACCGCCUGUGACAUCCGGUACUGUGCCCAGGAUGCUUUCUUCCAGGUGAAGGAGGUGGAUAUAGGUCUGGCGGCUGAUGUGGGAACACUGCAGCGUCUGCCCAGAGUCAUCGGGAACCAGAGCCUGGUCAAUGAGCUGGCCUUCACCGCUCGCAAGAUGAUGGCUGACGAAGCUCUGGACAGUGGGCUGGUCAGCCGGAUGUUCCCAGACAAGGAAGUCAUGCUUGACGCGGCCUUCACCCUGGCGGCUGAGAUUUCCACCAAGAGCCCCGUGGCAGUUCAGGGCACCAAAAUCAACCUGCUCUACUCCCGCGACCAUUCAGUGGCUGAGGGCCUUAACUACAUGACUUCCUGGAACAUGAGCAUGCUGCAAACCCAGGACAUCGUUAAGUCUGUCCAGGCCGCAAUGGAGAAGAAGGAACUGAAGAGUGUUACCUUCUCCAAGCUCUGAGAGCCCCCACGUCCUAGGCCCUGGCCUGGGGUCUGGCCUUGUCCCACCUUGUGCCUGUGCUUCCUCAUCUACAGAGAGAGGAUUAGUGAAGAUAGUCACCUCGCUGCUUCUCACGCAGUCUACCAGUUCAUAACUUUAUGACACUGAUUUCUUCAUGCCCAGGGCCUUAUGUUUGCCCCAUGAACAAUAAAGCUAUGUCAAGAA